AUGAGAUUUGUCACAUCCUUCGAAUCUUUGAAAAAUCUUCUUUCUUUUCCAUCUGAGUUUACCCUUUCUCCCGACUAUAUAUAUAUAUACCAUGGAUUUGAAGAAAUUUCAAGAAUCAACCGAUGGUUCAAAGUCGAAGGAAUUCGGGUUUGGUCCAGGGAUAGAGAGAAAGAAGCAGCUCAUACUAAAAAAGAGGAAUGGGAAAUCGAUUUAGCUAAAUUGGAUAUAAGGAAUGUUAUCGCUCAUGGAACUUAUGGUACUGUUUACAGAGGUGUUUAUGAUGGUCAAGAUGUUGCAGUGAAGGUAUUGGACUGGGGAGAGGAUGGACUUGCGACUGCUGCUGAGACUGCGAAUCUUCGGACAUCUUUUCGACAAGAAGUUGCUGUUUGGCACAAACUUGACCACCCAAAUGUCACCAAGUUUGUUGGAGCUUCAAUGGGGACUUCAGAUCUUAAGAUCCCAACAAAUAACACUUCAAAUGCUGCUCAGAACUCUUUACCCUCAAGGGCUUGUUGUGUUGUGGUGGAGUAUCUUCCCGGUGGGACCCUCAAAAAAUAUCUAAUCAGGAAUAGUAGAAAGAAACUGUCUUUCAAGAUUGUUGUUCAGCUUGCUUUAGAUCUCUCUAGAGGUUUAAGCUAUCUACACACGAAGAAGAUCGUACACCGUGAUGUGAAAACUGAAAAUAUGCUGUUGGAUUUAAAUCGAACCCUAAAAAUUGCUGAUUUUGGAGUCGCUCGUGUUGAAGCACAAAACCCUAGAGACAUGACUGGUGAAACAGGAACUCUGGGCUACAUGGCUCCAGAGGUUCUUGAUGGAAAGCCCUACAAUCGGAAAUGUGAUGUGUACAGUUUUGGGAUUUGCUUAUGGGAAAUUUAUUGCUGUGACAUGCCUUAUGCUGACCUUAGUUUUGCUGAAGUAUCCUCUGCAGUUGUUCGUCAGAAUCUACGACCCGACAUUCCAAAAUGUUGCCCGAGUGCAUUUGCAAGCAUUUUGAAAAAAUGUUGGGAUGCGAACCCGGACAAGAGACCCGAAAUGGAUGAGGUGGUGAGGCUUUUAGAGGCGAUUGAUACAAGUAAAGGCGGUGGAAUGAUCCCUGAAGAUCAAGCCUCUGGUUGUCUUUGUUUUGCCAAGACACGUGGCCCAUGA